CGGGGGGGGGCGUGUGUCUGUCGCGCAUACUCGAACUGGUCCGCGGGACAACACCACCAGCCUUCGCGACACCUACCGACACCCCCAUCCUAUGCAAGCCGGGACAUGCAGUAUUACGGCGAGGAGAAACAAAAGGGAAUCAAGACUCGAGAGGAGCAAUAAGCACAGCAAGAAGAAUAAGAUGGACGAAGGACCGGGGAAACUGCUGAGCCCUGGUGAGCCCUGGUGAGCCCUGGUGACGAUUCCCUCUGCGCUCUCAGCAUCCUUCUGCCGUCCCUCCACCGUCCCUCCGUCGUCCUUCUCUUCUUCCUCCACCUCCAUUAAUAGGUCUCCUUCCUGCAUUCUUCCUAUCGGCUGCCGCUUCUGGAUGCCGCGAAGUUGACCUAGGCUCCUUUCCAAGCGCCCGCCGAGGAGAACAGAAGCUUCCCUCGAGUGCUGUACCUCGCCGUCAUUGGCCGGGGGUGAGUCCGCGGAUCGUGAUCCAAGUGGCACACCUUUUUUUUCCUCUUUCUGAUUUCUUCCUCGCGUUAGCCUGGGCUCUCUCUCUCUCUCCCGUAACUUGCCGAUCUAGCUGGGUAUUGGCCCCCUGUCCCCUGCUCUCUCUCUCUCUCUCAGGGCCUGCCGAAGCCUGAAGGACCUGCUGGAGGGUCUGCUGUGCCGGCUUCUCUGCGUUAGGAAAAUCCUACCACGAUCUGGUCUGGGGGUCUUGGGUCUUGUUUGGCACCCCAUGAAACCCCAACGAAACCACGGCGCGCUCUCGUCGCAGCUGGCACGACUCCGUGCUGCCAGCCUGACGACAAGGGGACGAGGCCUAGGUGCCGGGGUCAGGGUGGCAGGGGUGUUCGGACCGCCUCGCGCCAGUCCCACGCCGCCACUAUUAAGAAGCUCGUCUUCGCCGGCCCAUGUCAUCAUCGACGACAUUAUUGUAGCCGGACUCGAGCACGACGGUAAUAACCCAGAAGCCCUCAGCAGCAGCAGCAGAAGCAGCGGCACUAUAAGCAGAAGCACUAUAAGCACCACCACCACCACCACCACUACUACUACUACCCCGUCCGCCUCCAGUCACUCUACAUAUUGCACGAAGACUCUCCGGGAUAGUAAUCACCUCACCUACACGCACCCUCAUCGUCACCUGCCCGAACCUGGCUCCUUGCAUCCCGGACUUUUCCCUAGCACUACUGGCAGUCGUAUCCGGAAUUGGGGAGACGAGGCAUCGUCCAGUUCGUCUUCUCCAUACACUUACACCUUAUUGUCAGCCGAUUCUCAUUGCCCCAGCACCGGACACGGCUCGAUUCGUCCUACCCCUACUGCUGCUACCCCUUCCUCCUCCUCCUCUUCCUACCCCAUCAGCCCAACAUCAUCCACUUCCCUCGACCGGUCUCGCUUUUUAAUAAUUAUUCCGCACCGCCCUUCACCGCGUCGUCCAAUGGCGUUCAGCACCUACAGCACCGCCAGUUCAGAUAUAUCAACACCCCGUUCAGCGUCCCCGUCCGCGUCUACUAUUUCCGCGCGUUCCUCUCACUCUUCCGUUUCCAGCAAACGCCUCUCCCUAUCCCUGCAACGGAGGCAAUCUGCCCUCAACCCAAUGUCCUCCAUCGAUCUCACCGCAAUCGAAGAGCAAAUGAAGAUGGCCGCGCUUGACGGACUCCGAGGGUACUCCCAGAACCACUAUGGCGAAGUCCAGCAGUACAGGACCACCGACUACAUCUCGCAGUCCGCCGCCGCCGGCUACCAGGUACUACGCGAGCCCUUGUGGAAUAAAGGCCUCUCUUUUACGCCGGAUGAGCGUGUCUCCAAGAACCUGACGGGCUUGAUACCGCACACCAUAGAGACCGUCGAGACCCAAGUGGCGAGGUGCAUGAAGAUGAUCAACUCGAGGCCGACCGGCGUCGACAAGUACCUGUACCUGUCGUCCCUCAAGAGCCAGAACCUGGACCUGUUCUACCGGGUGCUCAUCGACAAUGUCCGCGAGCUGAUGCCGCUGGUCUACACCCCGACCAUCGGCGACGUCUGCUUACAGUACUCCACCCUCUACACCCGCCCGGAGGCGCUCUACAUCUCGAUUAAACAGCGCCGGUCGAUCAAGACCAUCCUGCGCAAUUGGCCCUAUCCGGACCCAGAGAUCUGCGUCGUCACCGACGGAUCCCGCAUUUUGGGCCUGGGCGAUCUCGGUGUGAACGGUGUGGGGAUCUCCAUCGGGAAGCUGUCGCUCUACACUGGCGCUGCCGGUAUCCACCCGAGCAAGACCCUCCCCAUCGUUCUGGACUGCGGCACCAACAACGAGACCAACCUGAGGGAUCCCCUGUACCUGGGCCUCCGCGCCAAGCGUCCUACGCCGGCUGUCGCCCAGGAGUUCAUGGACGAGUUCAUGGAGGCCUGCGCCGAAGUCUUCCCUAACAUGGUCGUCCAGUUCGAGGACUUCGAGACCGAGAAGGCAUUCGCUUACCUGUCGCGCUACCGCAACAAGUACAAGUGUUUCAACGACGACAUCCAGGGAACUGGUGCCGUUGUGUUAGCAGGCUAUAUCGGUGGCGUGAACCUGUCGGGCGUCCCUCUUGAUGAGCAGCGCCUGGUGUUCAUGGGUGCGGGCUCGGCUGGUGUCGGUGUUGCCAAGCAGAUGGUCGAGUACUACACCCGCCGCGGUCUUACGGAGCAGGCAGCCAAGGAGAAGUUUUGGCUCGUAGACACGAAAGGCCUCGUAACCCUGGACCGAGGCGACAAGUUGGCCGAGCACAAGAAGUACUUCGCUCGCGCGGAUAACAACGGCCACCAGUUCCGCACCCUCGAGGAAGUCAUCGAGUACGUCCGGCCGUCCGCCCUCGUCGGCCUGACCGCUACCUUCGGCGUCUUCACCGAGUCCGUCGUCCGCGCCCUCAAGGCUUCGGUCGACUCCGGCGGCUCGGGAAGGCGACCCAUCCUGUUCCCUCUCAGCAACCCUCUGACCAAGGCCGAGUGCACCUUCGAGCAGGCCAUCCAGUGGACCGACGGAACUGUCAUCUUCGCCUCGGGGUCUCCCUUCGCCCCCUUCGCCGUUAAGAGUGGCGACCAUGCCGUGACCUACUACCCGAACCAGGGCAACAACGUCUACGUGUUCCCCGGUCUCGGCUUGGGCACCAUCCUCGCCAAGGCGACCAAGGUCACCGACGAGAUGGUGUAUAUCUCGGCCGCGUCGCUGGCCGAGUCGCUGAAUUCCGAGGAGAUCCACAAGGGUCUGAUCUACCCUGACAUAGAUCGCGUCCGGGAUGCCAGCGUCGUCGUCGCCCGAGAGGUGAUGAAGGCCGCCCGUCGGGAAGGUGUCAGCGCCCUGCCCGAGGAGCAGUGGAUCGAGUGGGAGGAAUGGGGCGAUGUCGCCUUGACGAAGUUCAUCAAGGACAGGAUCUACGACCCCCUCAAGUAGGGGUUAGUGCAACCACAAAGGAUGAGGGGGGGCGGAGACGAGAGGAGAACCGGAAAGAGUUAUGCAUGGAAUUCAUGAUCGGCGUUAUCAAGCGAGGAAAUUCACUUCGUCGGAUAUUGGCAUAAUGCAACCUAGCCUCCGCCUUGGGUCGAAGGCAACGAAAAACAAGAAGGGGCCGCUUUACGAGAAUAAAGCUGUCUCUUGGAGGGGAGGUUCCAUACGGGUAUUAAGACUAGGUUAGGGGGGACACUUGAGUCCCUUCGAUGGAAUAGGGUCUUAGAUGCUGGAGUGCAACUUUAGAGCCUCGCAUCCCGGGCCUGUUAAACGUGGGGAUUUAGAGAUAGACAGGUCUAAUGAAUCCUAAAGGACGUUUUUUAUUAUUAUAUAUCUUAGGUACUGGCCCUG